UAUAUCUACCGCGAUAUGCAAAUAAUUUUCACACUAGACGCAAAAAGUAAGAUAUGCCUAAUUAAAAAUGUAGAAUUAAAUAUAUUCAUAAGACAGAUAAUUUUUAUCGCAAUAUAAUUUAUUAAAUGUUUCUCACUUCGUCUAAAUUCUUUUGGUCAAUUUGAGCGCGUUCCGAAUUUUCAUAUUUAUUUUCAAAGAAUCAAAAUCUAAAAUCGAUAUUUUGAAUUUCCGUAUACGUUGCAUUCCGUACAGAGGUCCCCUCUGCUAUAAGUAUAAUUGACCUGAUGCUAUCGAUUGCAAGUUGGACGUCCAUUGCUCUACUAGCGUCAACGUGCCGAUCAAGUAUCAUUACAAGUUAUAUUAUAUUGUGAAGUCGUCAUCUGGCGUUGCGCAAAGCUCACAAAGGAGCUACUUCUUGAAGCGCUUGGUAUCUAAGUUGAAUAGAAACCCGGGCGCAUUUCCCCUUGUCGGAUGUAACCGACGACCCUCAUGUGUAAUCGAGUGCACUCAACUCUCUCUGUGAGGCACCACUCCGGAAAUUCGAUGCCGGGAGUCUCAGGGCACUCCUGGCCAUUAUCCAUCUUCAAAACGUCAAAUUUCCGUUCAUACGGCAAAUUUCCGUAAUUACGUCGCUUCUUCAUGAUAUUCGAUUCGUUUCAGACUCCCCCUCCUCCUUCGAUCCCUGACGUAAACGUUCACUGUCAAUCAUCGAGUGCCGUCAUCGACGUUGUUGUUGCCGAUGUCAAGUUCGCGGAGAUGUAAUUCCAAGUCCACGUGGACGAUGACCGUGCAGGCGAGCGAGGGUGGUGUUGCAUCGAUGUGAUAGCGACGAUCUGGCAGGUUGACGAAUGGUGCUGGCGAAAAAUCCGUCUCCAAAGCGCGGCCUGAGCCCCCAACGAGAAAAUGGGAAGAACGGGAGGUCGAGAGAACGAAGAGGUGGAGGACGAGGCUCGCGAGGAAACAGUCCUGCCGAGCAAACUGGUUCUCGAGGAAGUAGCCCGGCAAAGAGCGGCGGCUCCGACACCAAGGGAAAGGGGAAAAAUGCCCCGCUAUUGCACUCGCGGGGUAACGAAGCUGGUAGCAUCGAGAGAUUGAUAGACGGCGAUAAACGGAUAAUUGCGACCAAGCAUUUACUUCCAGAAAACAAUAUAAAUGUCGCUGUCAGAGUUCGUCCGCUCAGUAAUAAGGAAAUUAAAUCCGGCGAUGAGAUGGCCGUGCAUUUUCCCGGCGAUGGACAGAUAUACUGCGACGCGGUUACGAGCAGCGGCGACAAAAAGCCGAAGGUAUUUUCCUACAACGUUGUUUUCGAGCCAAAUGCCACGCAGGAGGAUAUUCUACAAUAUUCCGGUAUUAAGAACCUCAUUGACAUGGCAGUGGAAGGCUUCAGCUGCACCGUGUUUUGCUACGGGCAAACCGGAAGUGGCAAAACGCAUACCCUGACCGGACCUCCGAGACUCUUCGAUAAAAUGGAUCCAUACUCGGAGGAUCACGGUCUGGUCUUCCGUUCCUUCGUCUACCUAUUCAAAGUCCUUAAAAAACACGAGAAUUGCAAUUUUGUGCUAAAAGCUUCCUUUCUGGAAAUCUACAAUGAGAAGGUGAUAGAUCUCUUAAAUCCUGGCACUUCGAGAAAACCCUUGGCAGUUCGGUGGAGUAAAAAAACUCGCGGGUUCUUCGUCGAAAAUCUCUUCACCGUGGAAUGUGAAGAAUUAGACGAUCUUUUGGCGGUUCUCGAAGAAGGAAUGAGGAAUAGAUCAAUCGGUACGCACAAUAUGAACGAAUAUUCCAGCCGAAGCCACUCAAUUUUGACUGUAAAUAUAACUUCUGAGCAAGCAAUGGAGAACGGCGUGUUCAUCUCGAAACAGGGUAAAAUAAAUUUCGUGGAUCUCGCCGGAAGCGAGAUGACGAAGAAAACUCUGAGUGAGGGCAAAACCUUGGAAGAGGCAAACAAUAUUAACAAAAGCCUUAUGGUACUAGGAUAUUGCAUCGCUUCGUUGAGCGAUGGAAGACGAAAAGGUGGGCACAUCCCUUAUCGGGAUAGUAAACUGACAAAGCUUUUGGCUGAUAGUUUAGCCGGAAAUGGCAUCACAUUAAUGAUUGCCUGCGUUUCACCAGCUCGUUCGAACGCCAAUGAAACGUUAAAUACUUUGAGAUACGCCGCAAGAGCCAAAAAGAUUUCCACAAAACCUAUUAUAGUGAUGGAUCCACGUGAGGCUCUAAUUCUCAGCUUAAAGCGAGAAGUCGGGGCUCUUCAGACCGAAAACGAUCAUUUAAGGCUGACUCUUCAUCUUAACGAAGCUCAAAAUAUGCUUCGCAGCGAAUCCAAAAGCGAAAGACUGAUACCCAUAACACCGCCACCGGUGGAUUUGGACAAAUUGGCCGAGAUGGAAAGUUCGGAAUUGAGCCAAUUGAUCCACGCAUAUAUCACCGAAAACGAGGCGCUACGACGUGAGAAUGCGGAGCUCUAUGCCACGCGGGACCAAGUGAUACGGGACCAGGAACUUGUUUGUCGCGAAAACGAGAGGUUGCUGAAAAAACUCGAGGACGUAAAUUCAGUAUGCUGUCGAUCGCCUAUAAUACCAGCGAGGCCCUCGUACUCGGCAGAAUUAUUGAAUGACAAUAACGAAGAUGUACCUGGUGCGACUAAUGUUUGGACGAAUCCUAACGCCGCUCCCAGUCCAGUGUAUUCUUUUUCGAAGUAUACAAUUAACAGUGGACUGUACAGAUCAGCCGGUAGCAUGCCAGAGAAGGUGCUAAAGGAGCUCGAUAAGCGAAGAAUCGUCGGGAGUUAUAAUAACAUCGCCGAGGCUUAUAAGGAUAAGACCAAUCACCGUCGUCACAAUUCGUGGGAUAACAGUAAUCGACCUAUGAUUAGCCCAGAACAGAGAAUCUCACCAAUAGAUAUAAAUCAUCAAGGUCGAAGGACGACCUUGCGGCGCACCUCGACGGUCCCUGAGGAGGGUAAGUCAUUGAGGUCGAGAUCGAGAUCGAGUGACCUGCCCGCUGCGGAUGGCGAUGGCACCAACACCACCAUCACCGAUACCACUACCACCACCACUACUACCACAACCACAACCACCAUCGGCAUGACCACUUCGACCACCGAGAUGCACGUCGAGCAAUCUAACGGGUCGCCCGAUUCGAUUCUGAGCGGUCCUCUCGAUGAGGGUACCAAUUCCGCUCCUCACAGCGCGGAGUCGGUCACCCCUACCGUUCCUUUUCCACCGAUCUCACACUCGCCUUCGUUUUUCGCGCCAUUGGAGUCGGGAUCGCGGACCCGAAGGUCGCAAUCGCGGACCAACGACAGGAGGAGCGCUGGAGGGAGGACGAAGGACGAACAACGGGCAUUCGGGAGUCCGGUCUCCAUCGACGACGAUGACGACGCGCAAUUUUGAGACCGCGAACGUCGACGGAUCCCAGAAAAGAUGCCAUACACCUACGAAAAAAAUAAAAAUCAUUUUCGAGGGAACACAUUUUUUUGCGCAAGGAAAUAAAGACAAUUUCCCUCUUUUUAUUCUGUGAGAGACAUAGAGUGACAUCUAUUUAAUAAACUACUCAUACAAUUAUUCAUUAUUGUAAUUGUAAAAUACACUCCUACACACAUGUUAGACAAAUUUCUUUUUCUUAGUUCAAAAUGAGAGACGAGAGUUGUACAGAAUAAAAUACUUAUAGAUAAAUCGAAGCUAUGUAAGAAAAUUGAUGAAUUAAAGUGAAUUGAAAGAAAA